GCCCCAGCGUCUGCAUUGGCCUCCACCCCCGCCUCUUGCUCACCAUGCCGCGGGGUGCAGAGGCUGCAGUGCAGAUUUGGGUGGGCGGCCAGCUCUUCGAGGCUGAGCAGGCCCUGCUGGUAGAGCACUGUGACUUUUUCCGCGGCCUCUUUCGCUCGGGCAUGCGGGAGGCGCGCGCAGCCGAGGUGCGUCUGGGCGUAUUGAGCGCUGGCGGCUUCUGCACAACGCUGCAGGUGCUGCGCGGCCAGAGGCCCGCGCUGGAGGCUCCCGACGAGCUGCUGCAGGCCGUGGAGUGCGCCGCGUUCCUGCAGGCGCCGGCGCUGGCACGCUUCUUGGAGCACAGCAUCACGUCGGACAACUGCACGUUGCUGUGCGAUGCGGCCGCUGCCUUUGGCCUGCACGACGUGUUCCACAGCGCCGCGCUCUUUAUUCGCGACGGCGCGCACGAGCUGGCGGCCGAGCUGGUGCUGCCCGAGGCCCGCGCCUACGUGGCUGCCCUGCGGCCCAGCAGCUAUGUGGCCGUGAGCACGCACACACCUGCACCCGGCUUCCUGGAGGACGCAUCGCGGACGCUCUGCUACCUAGAUGAGGAGGAGGACGCGUGGCGCACGCUGGCUGCGCUGCCCCUGGAGGCCAGCACGCUGCUGGCAGGUGUAGCCACGCUGGGCAACAAGUUGUACAUCGUAGGCGGUGUGCGUGGGGCCAGCAAGGAAGUGGUAGAACUGGGCUUCUGCUACGAUCCCGACGGCGGCACGUGGCGCCAGUUCCCCAGCCCGCACCAGCCGCGCUAUGACACGGCGCUGGCCGGCUUCGACGGCUGCCUCUACGCCAUCGGCGGCGAGUUCCAGAGGACGGCCAUGAGCUCCGUGGAGCGCUAUGACCCGGCGGCGCGCUGCUGGAGCUUCGUGGCCGACCUGCCGCAGCCAGCCGCCGGAGUGCCCUGCGCCCAGGCGCGCGGCCGCCUUUUCGUGUGCCUGUGGCGUCCGGCAGACACUACGGCCGUGGUGGAGUACACGGCGCGGGCAGACACUUGGCUGCCGGUAGCCGAGCUGCGGCGACCACAGAGCUAUGGUCACUGCAUGGUGGCCCACCGCGACAGCCUCUACGUUGUGCGCAACGGGCCUUCCGACGACUUCCUGCACUGUGCCAUCGACUGCCUCAACUUGGCCACGGGUCAGUGGACUGCGCUGCCCGGCCAGUUCGUCAACAGCAAGGGCGCGCUCUUCACAGCCGUGGUGCGCGGAGACACGGUCUACACCGUGAACCGAGUCUUCACCGUGCUUUAUGCAAUCGAAGGCGGCACCUGGCGGCUGCUCCGAGAGAAAGCCGGCUUCCCCCGGCCGGGCUCCUUGCAAACCUUUCUCCUGAGGCUGCCCCUGGGCGCUGCUGGACCUGUGGCCUCCACGACACCAGAGCUGUGAUC